GCUAAAAUAGUUAGUAAUGGGAUUUGUAUUGUCAAUAAUUAUGGAUAAUGCUCUGAAAUGGCGUAGAAUAUGUGUCACGGAAAAAAUGAAUUGCUCGAACAUCACGCUUUGACAGUUGAAUUGUCAACUAUUCGAGUAGUGUUGGGGAAAAGUCAACCAAAAGAAAAAAGUAUAAAAUUUUCACCAUCGCCAUUUUGUUAUACGCGAGUAAAUUUUGUAGUGACGAAAAAAUGUACCUGCAUCGAUACUAAUCAACCUAUUUCUCCAAUGUCCAAGCCAUAAAAUCAAAAUUAUGGAAUCAUUUUGGGAAAAAAUAGAAAAAUUGUUGCUGUGCUCUAUCCCGGAUCAUAUAAAGAAUGCAUUAGAGUUGUCAGGUUUCAUUAGUCCGGCAAUUGAAAAUUUAUCGGAUGCGCAAAUAGAUGAUAUAGAAACAGAUGUUCGCCUUUUGUCGGAAACAAUGAAUCUCCCAGCAACUCACCAACAUUUGGAGAAAUAUUGGGGGCGAUACAGCUCUAACCAAAGUAAAUUCAGAUUCAUGGCGGGAGAACGGGCAUUAAUAAAAAAAAUCGCAAACUGUGUUCAACAGAAGGGUUGGUCUCACUUUGGGAAACAAAAGCAUAAGCGACCAACAAAUGUAAGAAGAGGCUGUCAGAAGGAUGCAAUGGCCAUUAUCACGCGAAUCGUAGAUUAUUAUGAAUGCAGAAAUGAUGGAUCUAGUGAAAUAACACAGCUGUGCUCAAAGCUUGAAAGUAUCGACGUAUCUUUCGAAGAAACAGAGGAAACACUAAAAGCCAAGGUUCGAUGUCCCGUUUGUCGACAUCUAAUAACAUGUAGCGCCGAUUAUAAAGGAACAUGGACAAUUUCAAACUUCACAUCGCAUCUCAGAAACAUGCACAAGAUCAUAGGAUUAAAAACAUCAAAUUUCCAGCAAGAUAAAACUCCACAGGCGAAGAAACCGUGUACAAGUGAAAUCGAACCCUUUCAACAUAAGCUGUUGGAUGACGUUUUAUUUGAUGGUGAUGAGUACGGAAUGGAAACUUUAGAAGAGUUCAUGGAUGAAACCACAGAAAAUGCCACUCGUCAAGAAAUUUUUGAACGUAGUGACAGUGCUAUCUUUGAAAAAUCGGUAUCUUCUGUUGAUUUCAACGAAUCUGACCUGCAGCAGGAAGAUCUAAGUAACAAUGCUAUCGUUGCAAAACCGCUAUUGUCUGAAGAUUUAAAUUCAUAGCGUGUCGACAAUUGGCCUCCGUUGAUACGCUAGAACAAAUCGGCCAUUCAUCUCCCAUGAUAUCUCUACUGCAAACUGUACAAAGUCGGCGUAAACACUUGACUCGCAGUUGCGGUAUGCGUUACGCCAGGUGUGAAAGAGAAAUAUUUCUAUACAAAUUCAUACAGCAAGGACCGGAAGCCUAUAAAUUUUUAUAUGCGAAUACUCCAUGUCCAAGCAUUAGAACAUUGCAACGUGAUCUCCAAAAGCGAUCUGAAUUAAUCGAAGAGGGAAAAAUUAGAGUUGAGGAGCUUAAAGCUUACUUGAAAAGAAACAAUCUACCAAUGGUUAUUGUUUUGAGCGAAGACGCCACAAAAAUAAACGGUGCACUUGAGUAUGACUCCACCAAGAAUAAAGUUUGCGGUUUAGUAGCUCCUUUAGAUUGCAGCGGAAUACCACAGUGUGGUUUAUUUGAAGUGAAAACCCCUAAAAAACUAAUUUCUGAUGUCCAAAAAUACCCCACUGGACGCAAUGUUGUGGUAACCAUGGCACAGCCACUAACAUUAACAGCGGCGCCUUUUUGCUUACAGUAUUUUUGUACAGAUAAUAAGUUCACGAGUGCUCAAGUACGCACCAGAUGGAGUGUCAUAAAAAAUAAGUUGAUCGACGUUGGUAUAAGGAUUAUAGCGAAAUCGACAGACGGCGAUCCACGUUAUAUCACUGGUAUGAAAGAAGAUAUGUGUAUUCCUACAAUCACUGACAACCCUUAUGGAGAAAGUUUCGUCGCAUCAUGCAACACCGAUGAUAUUUGCGUGCAAGAUCCCACGCAUACGAUCAACAAGUUCAGGACUAGGUUAAUGCGGCGUGACAAACAGCUUAUUAUUGGUAAGCAUCAAAUUACUCGUACGCACCUCGAAGAUCUUAUUCGUACGGUGUCAAAAGAUAAACAUGGAUUGUCAUUGGGUGAUUUGAAUGAAGACGACAAGAUGAAAUUCCAACCAGUUCUAAAAAUUACUAAACCAGCUGUACUUCACUGGAUGAAACAAUCCGUUGCAGCAAGCCAAGCAACUGUUCUGUAUUUAACGAUGAUGCGAUCAUUCAUGUGUGCAUUUAUGGACUCGUCUGUAUCACCUACGGAUGCUGUUUUCAAAUGCUGGUACACACUGUUUAUAAUAAGGGCCUGGAGACGAUGGUGCUUGUAUAAGUUUAAUACUAUUCAACACUGUAUUACCAGUAAUACGUAUUGGUGCUUAGAACUCAAUGCACACAGCCUAGUAAAAUAUAUCAGCAUCUGUAGAAAUGAAAACAUAAACUAUAUACCAUCACUUCUGCAAAGUCAGACAUGCGAAAGUUUCUUCCGUGCAGCGCGAUCGUUUUCAACAACAGAGUCAACAGUGGUUAAUUUUACAAUGAAAAGUUUUCAAUCUAGACUGAAUCGCAUACAAGCAAAGCAAGAUAUCAUGUAUAGUAGAAACGAAGACUUUUCAUUUCCAAGACUACAAAAAAUA